AGUCAUUUUCCAUUCAUCACUGUCCCCCGUUAGAUUCUUCCUCCUCGUGACGGAUCAGUUGCGAGUCUAGCUUGUUAUUUUAUGACUUUGGGGUUCUGUCCUAUAAAGUACUUCUUUCUCUCUCCAAUUUGUUUAAUUACUGCAUCAUUUCUCAGAGUCCCAGAUCAGUGAUCCUAGUUUUGUGAGCUUGUUAAACCCACUUAAUUUUUGUUUUUGGUGUUGUAUAGAAGCUCUCUGCUUUGCUGUCUUCAGUUUCUUACUAUGUCUCACGAUUAAAGAUCUCUUUCUUAGUGAGAGUCAAAAGAUCAAGUUUUUAAUCUUUUGUCUUUGGGCUGCCUUAAUUUUGCAAGUCAAAAAGGAAAUUUUGUUCGAAUGAUGUCAAUUCCUUCUCCUUCCCAUAUGGGUACUCCUCCUCAUAUGGGUACUUCCCCUCACACUGAUAGCGCUCCUCACAUGGAUAGUCCUCCUCACCUAGAUAUCCACCAAGAGCUCUUCCCGGAUUAUUAUGGUGGACCAGCUUCCAUUCCAUCUGAGGCAAAAGAAGAAUCUUUGGGGAAUGAUAUCCCUAAUGGAAGUAAUGAUUGUGCUCCUGGAGUUAAAGAGAAUAAUUUCCAUGUGCCGGUUCAACCUUGUACUGGUGGGGAAGGAUUGCCUUAUGCCCCUAUAGAUUGGCCAAAUCCUGGUGAUAUUUGGAGCUGGAGAGUGGGUAAAAGGGUCAGCAGUUCUGGAUUCUACAAUGAUAGAUUUCUCACUGUUCCAAAAAGGCUUCGAAAGCCGAAUAAUCCAAAAGUGUUUGCAAGCAAGCCAACACUUGAACGUUUUCUCCGAUCACAGUUCCCAGAUGCAGAUAUUGAUGCAUUCUUUGCCUCAUUUAUUUGGAAGAUCCCUGCCAUUUUGGAGUCUCCUGCCAAAGCCGACACUCUCCCUCCAGCGAUUGGAGUGGAGGAUGGUGAAAAAGAAAGUAACAAAAAAACUCGCCGUAGUAGCCAGAGGAAGACUCCCCGUUCCGGUCAUUCCAACAACAGUAAAAAGAGGCAGAAGACAACUACAGAAUCAGUCAGACCUAGGCGACAGACUCGGCAACAUCUUAAAAAUUCAGCCCCAGCACCAUCUGAAAAUGAAGAGACAAAUGCUGGUCUUGAUAUGUCUUUUUUAGAUGAUGAAAAGACAAGAGAGGAAUUUGAUACCUAUCUCAAUUCUUUGGAUGACAUGCUUGCUCAGCCUCUAUGUGAAGAACCAUUUACCCACCCUUUGAUGCCUAAUUCUUUUCCUGCUGAAGACGAAAUGUCUGAAGCUCGAGGGAAACUUUCUUCAUUUCUUGAUAUGGAUUUUCCUUCAUUGAUUUGCUUUAAAGACCUUGAUGAACUCACAAGUCUAGCAUCUAAACUUCGGAAGGAUCCUACUCUUACUGCCGAACAACUUGUGAAGUUGAAGUUGAUUGAAGAGAUUCCGUCAUUUUGUGAAGUUUUUCUGGAAAAUAGAGAUGUGAUGGAGCAGGCAGACAAGUUUUUCACUGCCCUCGAGGACAAUAAAGCCAAAGUUACUUCACUCAGGCAAGAGUAUAGCGAAUUAAAAGAACAAGUAACACAUCUGCAGUCAGAAGUGGAUUCCAAUACAUUGACUGUGCAAGAAAUUGACAAUCAGAUAGCACAACUUAAAUCUCGGCGCGCUGAGCUUACUAGAACAAUAGAGAAUAAGAAGAGAGAUAGGGAUGAUUUGACUUAUAAUCAAAAGUUGGUGGCAAAUUCUAUUCCUAAAGUGGUUCAUGAAGUCCAACUUGCUAAUGCCAGAAAGCCAGGAUGGGAGCUAAAGAAGGAAAAUGCAGAAAGACGUGAGGCUGAAAUACUUGCUAAGUUUGCUCCUCUAAAAGGAUUUUCUCUUUAAAAGGAAAUUAUCUUUCUCUUCCCGAAACCUUUUUAUCAGCUGCGGUACCAAUAUUUUAAACACGAUAGUUGUGGUACUAUGCUUUUGAUUUCUAGAAAAAUAGCUGAUACCGCCACUUUCCUUUGCAUUGCUUUGCGUGUUGUGACAUUUUAAUAGCUUUAGCAACCACCAGGUGCCCAUGUAAUUUUCGAUGUCAA